AUGGAGCUCAUCAACACGCAACGCACCUCGGGCCAGAAAGGCCAGGAUCUCGAAAUGGUGUACAAGAAACUCCAUCAGUUACAGGCUAGGCUUUCUCGUUCACACCUUUCAGAGGCAAUCAAGGAGUUCGAAGAGAACCUUCAGUGUCUUUUUCAUGAAGCCAAGAUCUUGCUAUGCACGAAAAGAACGAAGUAUCGCCAAAGCUGGUUUGGGUCUAGCAACGAGUUCGGGCCUAACAACGAGGAAAAAAUCAUCAAGGCAGCAUGCUGCGUCAUUGAGUCGACAAACAUGAUUCUCAACUUCCUCUCGUUUCUCGAGAAGAAACGAGGAUUGCCAUCAGGUGGAGAUCAAAGACUCCAACAAGCUGCCUACAAAGGCCAGCAGUUUGCAACGCGCCUGCUUCGCUCACUUACAAUUCACAAGGAUGCUCAGGAGAUUCCCGGAAAGGAAUUUGGCCUGGUCUGCGGAAAAGAGGUGCAUGUGUUGGGUGGUCACGUUGUGCGCAGGUCAAAGCGAGAUGUCGUGGGGCAGGCGGGGGGAGUGAACUGGCAUGUUGACCAUACACAUCACCCUUUGAGGCGCGUUCCAGGCACUCCAUGGCACAAGUUCUUUGGCAAUGUGGAAGUUGAACCCAACAAGCCACUUCACCUCUUCGGUGAUUUCACGUCCCCCAAGAGUGAUCGCAAUGGCCAUCGAAAGUUUCCUGUGAUCAUCCCUGAAACUGCUAUGUUUAUUCAGGACGAAAUUAGCAGCGAGCAUCAGCAAGUGGCUACAAUUCACACAGAGAAUGAACACGCCCAGCCGCCAGCACUCACGCCAAUUGAGCAAGAUGAUCGCCUUAAGAAGUUGGACUUCGCCAUGACAGCAUCUUCUCCUGGCUAUGUUGCAGAAGGACAACCUGAGGUAGUGUGGCAUCAUGGAGGCUUACGCGAGUUUGUGGAUUACAGCCAGGAGCGCCAGUUUAGUAUUCUCUCCAAGGUUUUCGCUCGACCCGCUCUUUGGGGGGAUAUUCUGGGUCUUGCGGAUCACUUUGACCCUCGAGAGGGCGUGCAGCAAGAGGAGCACGUUUAUCACAUUUGA